AUGUCGACCCAAAUGAAGCAUCGCGGCAGCGGUGCAGAACCUAAGAACCAUCUGCAAUCCGACUUUGCCGAAACCUCGAGCAUGGACUCUGACGAACGCUACCUGACUUUGCACCGCCAAUGGAAGUUCGCAGAGAGCUUUUCCGCCAGCUUCGCUGCAAUGUAUGUUAUCGGUGGCAUCCGAGCAACAUUCUAUAUCGGUGUCGAAGCUGGAGGUCCUGCAGCCUACUGGUAA